UCAUUCUCUCCCCCUCUUCUCUUCCUCUUUCCCUCUGGCGUCGUCAAUUCUCGUUCCAUUCUCCUUCCCAACCUCGUCGCCGCCGCCCUUGGAAGUUCCGGGGCGCAAGGUCCGAAAUCCACGUCUCCCAGUGCCCGAUAAGCUCAUCGCCUAGCUCCGAUUCGCCGGUUCCGGCCGAGCUCGGCGUCCCGAUCGAUUCUAGGGUUUUUGUUGUCGUGGUAGGCGCGGGCGAUGGCGCAAUCGGCGGGGAGAGGGAGGGUGGUCGGGGAUUACCUGGUGGGCCGGCAAAUCGGGUCGGGGUCGUUCUCCUUGGUGUGGCACGCGCGGCACCGGGUCCACGGGACGGAGGUCGCGAUCAAAGAGAUUGCCACGAGCAAGCUCAGCAAGAAGUUGCAGGACAGCCUCCGGUCCGAGAUAUACAUACUGAAGAGGAUUAACAAUCCGAACAUCAUCCACUUGUUCGAUAUCAUUGAGGCCCCUGGGAAAAUACAUCUUGUACUGGAAUACUGCAAAGGUGGUGAUCUUUCCAUGUAUAUUAAUCGCCGCGGAAGAGUUCCUGAAUUGAUUGCUAAACACUUCAUGCAACAGCUAGCAACCGGUCUACGAGUUCUCCAUGACAAUAGGCUUAUACACCGGGAUCUGAAACCACAGAAUCUCCUUCUAUCCACCAAUGAUGAAUGUUCUGUAUUAAAGAUUGCGGAUUUUGGAUUUGCAAGAUUAUUGCAACCAAGAAACCUUGCAGAAACUCUUUGUGGUUCGCCUCUUUACAUGGCACCGGAGAUCAUGCAACUUCAAAAGUAUGAUGCUAAGGCAGAUCUCUGGAGUGUUGGUGCAAUAUUGUAUCAGCUUGUGACUGGGAAAACCCCAUUCACUGGGAACAACCAAUUACAGUUGCUUCAGAACAUUAUGAAACCAACAGAGUUGCAGUUUCCUCCUGAAAGUAUGGAUCUAAGCUUUGACUGCAAAGAUUUGUGCCAGAAGUUGCUUCGCCGUAAUCCAGUUGAACGGUUGACUUUUGAAGAGUUCUUCAACCACUCAUUUCUGUCCCAGAAGCAACCCGAUGGUUCUUUGAGAACUGGCAAGUUUUCAAGAACCAUGGAUAGUUUUCCUUUGUCAGAGUCUGACCCUGUGAAGAACGUAGAGGAAUCAGUUCAUGAUGAUUGUUUUCCCUUUUUUCUUGAUGAUGAUUGUAAUGGUUCAGUUAGGAGUCCAUCCUUUUCAAAUAGGAGGACCUCAACACAGUUGAUUGAGGGAGUAGCUGAUCCAAAGAUUGAUAAGAGAGAAUCGCUGUGCGCUGCUUUUGGUUACAUGGAUCAGAACUCACUGAACAGUAGUAGCAGCAACAUGAAGAUGGAUAAUGAUAGCUUUAGGCCUGACACUCAUAGAAAUUCUGAUGCAAAACCAAAUGAUCCUUUGCUGGACCAAAGACCAGUGAACACUCGCUCGAGAGUUGCAGACUCUAUGGAGUUGAUUGAUGACUAUGUUCUAGUUCCUGGACCUCCUUUGGAUGUCUCAUCUUCCUCUCUUAGUGCUUCUAAGACGAGUCAGUUUCCAUUCAAAUCAGAUAGUCCACCUCAGGCAUCUCAUGAAGUGGCUCCCCCGUCAAGUGUCCCAGUGCCAAUUGGUCCUUUAAGUAGGGGUAACAUUUUCCGAACUGGAAGCAUUGGAAAUCCUACAGUUGCUCAAGGGACUUCAUUUGAAUCCAUGGAUAAUGUAGAUGCCUUCGAAAAGCCAUUGUCCCACUGUAUGACGAGAAUUACGUCAUUGCAACAGUUUGCAUCUAUCAUCAAGCAAUUAAUGAACGAAAAGAUGGAGAAGAGAGAGCAUUUGGAAGCAUUUUCAAUCCAGCUUGUUAUUCUUGCUAUAUGGAAACAAGCAUUGAACAUAUGCCAUACAGAGGCUGCAUCUGCUAUGGAAGGAAGCCCCAGCCCAGUGACUAUGAGAUUAAGGAGGAGCUGCGACAAAAAUCAUUGCAGUUCCAGCUUGGAAGUAUGUAGUAAUGCUUACAACACUUUUGGGCCAGAAGAGGUUUCCACCCAUAUUGAGGGUGAAUUUCUUCGGGAAGUGGAGCAUGCUGAGGAACUUGCGAAGGUUAUUGAACCAGGAAGUACAGAAAUGCCGGAUGCAAUGGAGGCAAUAUUUCAAUUUGCUCUUGCUCUUGGCAGACGUGGGGGUGUUGAUGAGCUUAUGGGUGAUACAGAAACUGCAGAAUCAUUGUAUUCAAAGGCAGUGCAGUUAUUACUCUUUCUUCUAGUGGAGGCGCCGACACUUAUCCUCAAUCCACCUUUCUCCCUCACUAACUCAGAUCAAUAUAGGCUUCGUAAUUACAUUGAUUUUCUUAAGAGCAGGCAAAUUCAUUUAAGGUCGGGCAUGGCUCUUCACAAAAGUGAAGACCAGCAAUGCCGCACGUAGACAAUGAUGAAGUUACUUUACUUCUCUCCAAUAACUUCGCUCCUGUUACGACAGUGUGAAAUAAUUUAUCUGUACAGUUAUUCUUCUUGUGACUGGGUGAAGUUGGCAGGAGAGGAUUUGUAAAUAGGAUGGAGGAUGAAAAAUUCUCAGAAGUUCCGCGCAGAAAUUAUCAAAAUGCCUUGUUUUCAUCGGAGGUGUUUCAGCCAGUCAUUAUAUUCCUUAAGAUUCAGAUAGUUUUUUCAUUGUAAGCACCACAAUUCGACUUGUACCCAUUAAUUUCCAUCCGACGAAGAUGUAAAGGUACUAUUCUGUGCUCAAA